AUGAACAACCACCUCCUCCCGUACCCAUACAACCUCUCCCAUCCGCCAACAUGGUUGGAGCAUCUACUUCAGCCUUUGACCCUCCUCCUCCUCUCCACAUGGCCCAAGCAAUCCAAACCACAAACACCACCAACUCCGCCAAUCUCCCUCCAAAAUACCGGAGAUGACACCACUCUCCCACCAAUCCGCAUAAUCUGCAUCUCAGACACACACAACACAACCCCUCCCCUCCCACCAGGCGAUAUCUUAAUUCACUCCGGGGAUCUAACAGCCCACGGCACACUCGAUGAAAUCCAAGCCCAGCUCCACUGGCUCUCAUCACAACCCCAUCUGCACAAGAUCAUCAUCGCCGGAAACCACGACAUUCUCCUCGACGAAACAUGUGACACGAAAUUCCUCACACGCACGGAAAACAGCGCCGAGGCGCGGAAGAACCUCGACUGGGGCGGGAUCAAGUAUCUACAAGAUGAAUCAAUAGCACUAUCAAUACCAACCUCCAACCCUGAAACUGAAACAACCAACCCUGAACAUCCACCCCAACAAUCCCGAACCCUAAAAAUCUACGGAUCCCCUCAAACACCGGAAUGCGGCACAUUCGCAUUCCAAUACCCCGCCAUCCGCGAUAUCUGGACGAAUAAAGUCACCGCCAACACCGACAUCCUGCUCGUCCACGGUCCCCCGGCUUUAUACGGGGACUGUGAUGGUGAAAUUGAAGGUCAAAGUGGGAGAGUCAAGGUGAAAGGUGAUGGGUAUUUAUUGCGGGAGAUUCGCAGGGUGAAGCCUAGGAUGGUGGAUUGGUUGGAUGGAUUGAAGAUGGGGUGGGAUAGGUAUGGAGUUGGAGUUGGAUUUGGAGGUCUGGCACGAGCCUUUUGGGACAUGGUCUUUGCUAAAGGUAGUGAGGGUGGAGUGGAAGAAACGUUGGUAGUCAAUGCUGCGAUCUCGCGUGGUGGACGUGAGACCGAGGAUAAGAGUGCAAUCGCUAUUAAUUUUUAG